AAGCCUCUUAUAAAGGACGUUUUUUUCACCAACAAAAAUGUGUCUAUGAAUUGUUAUUGCUUAUCCCGUGAAGUUUCUGAAGUGCAGAGAAGCCUGAGAGUAUAAAUCUAAAUAUCUAACGAGGGGAUUUUUAAAAAGUUGUUUGGCUCACAACAAAUAGUAGUUGCAUGAAACCAUUGAGUUGGUUAUAGCAGUCGCAAGAUGAAGGCUUUUACUAAACUCUUAAUAGUUGGUGUUAUAGGUGCAGCUUUUGUUGCUUUCCAAUGGAGUGGACCCACUUUUGAUCCAGAGUCGUUAAAGGGUGCCCGGGUCCUGGUGACUGGUGCCAGUGCGGGAAUAGGUGAACAAAUGGCAUAUCACCUCGCCGGCUUUGGUGCCCAGGUGGUUAUUACAGCCAGGAGGGAAAAGGUUCUACAGCAGGUAGCAGAGAAAUGCCAGGUGUUGGGGCCCCAGAAAGCUCUAUACAUAGCUGCAGACAUGGCCAAUCCGUCUGACCCAGAGAGAGUGGUGAAGUUUGCUGUGGACAAGCUGGGAGGAUUGGACUACCUGGUGUUGAAUCACAUAGGACCCAGCCCAUUCACUAUGUGGGAUGGAGAUGUGGAACACACUAGAUGGUUAAUGCAGGUGAAUUUCCUCAGCUAUCUGCAGAUGGCAAAGACAGCUCUGCCUACCCUUAAGCAGAGUAAGGGUUCCAUUGUGGUCGUCUCCUCCUUGUUAGGAAAAAUGAGCAGUCCGUUUGUGGCUCCCUACACGUCCACCAAGUUUGCCCUGAACGGCUUCUUUGGGACGUUGCAGCAUGAGCUUGCCAUGCAGAGGAGCAACGUGUCCAUCACCAUCUGCAUCCUGGGCCUGAUCGAUACAGACUCAGCUAUGGAGAAAGUCAGGGGCAUGACCAACAUCCAAGCCUGGCCGGCCAGUGAGGCGGCUCUGCACAUCAUCACUUCUGGAGCCACGCAACAGACAGAGUCUUACUAUCCCUGGUUCUGGUACUAUGUCUGUCUCAUCAGAGACUGGUUCCCCUACUUCAGGGACAUGUCUUUACGUAACUUGUAUAAAUAUUAACCAUUUGCUUGAAAUAUACAUUAUGAUAAUAUCGCUUUUACAUUUUUCCCUUUUUGGUUUACACUUAUUUGUUGAUAAAAAAAAUGCUGUUACAGCCAACUUCUCUGACAUUGAUAAUUUAAACACAGUUCUUUAAAUGAUAAACAGUUCAGUAUAUUUUAAGAUUUUCAUGUAAAACUGUGUUACUUCUUGGUCUUCUUCUUUGUAUAAUUGGUUGCUUUUCUGUGGUACAUUUCUGCAUGUUUAUGUCACAAUUUGAACUUUGUCCAUCCCCUCUCUCAUUGCUUUUGAAUGAUAUCCACAUGUAAUCAACAGUAUUGGGGAGUAGUGAACUACGUACAUGUAGUUCAACUAGUUAUUUAAUUACAUUUUGCAGUAGCUUGGUGGUAGUUGAACUAAAUUCAAAUCUUGGUAGUGUUUUUAGUAGUAAAUUACUUUUUUUGCCAUGUAGCGAUGUUGCUAACUACACACUACUGUUUUUACAAAAAUAAAUAAAAUAUGGGUGAAUUAGGCAAGCAUUCUUUCCCAGCAACAUACUUGCCCAAUUCUCACUUGAAACCCUU